AUGUAUGCCCAAUCUGCUACGCCCAGCCGGGACGCUUACGUACCCAAUGGGCCGAAACCCGUCUUCAUCCAAGCCCGUGACAUCCCGGCUAACAACAACAUGCCUACAGGAUCUAACGCAACGGAUUGUGAUGGUUACUGUAUGAAUAACGGAACAUGCCAAAUACAGCCAACUGGACCGAUCUGUGCAUGUAGACCUGGGUUUUUUGGAGAAGGGUGUCAAUACUCCCGAGAUCCCUGUCACGGCUUUCCUUGUCGUAACGGUGGUAGCUGCAGUGCUCCAGCAGAUUAUCCUAUGUGCAUCUGUCCAGCUGGAUUUACAGGGGUGUACUGUGAGCAAGCUCUCCGAGAUCCUUGUUACGGCUUUCCUUGUCGUAACGGUGGUAGCUGCAUUGCUCGAGCAGAUGUUCAGAUAUGCAUAUGUCCAGCUGGAUUUACGGGGGUGUACUGUGAGCAAGCUCUCCGAGAUCCUUGUCAUGACUUUCCUUGUCGUAACGGUGGUAGCUGCAGUGCUCCAGCAGAUGUUCCGAUGUGCAUAUGUCCAGCUGGAUUUACGGGGGUGUACUGUGAGCAAGAAAGCUGCACUGAUGUUUGGAACUGUGUAACGGACCCAUGUCAAUAUUCGCAAUGUUUCGCAUACCCUGGUGCUGUGUGUCGACCAAACUAUUGCGGAGGAUGCUUUGCCGAUUUCUACGUUGGUGACAUCAAGGUGAACUGUUCUGCGUGCUCUGAGGGUAUGACCUUUGAGGAGUGUGGAUCAGGAUGUGGCCCUUUCAGUUGUGACAACCCUCCAAGAGAUAUAUGUCCAAGAAUAUGACCCCUGUUACACAUGCGUCGGCUUUCAAAGCCGGCCCCGGAGGCGGCCUCACGCCUGCAAUUUGAAGCCGCCUCAAAAUCAUCAAACCCCUGUUACACAUAGUCUCGGGCCCGCAAUUUUGCGUCUACACAUAGGCCGGCCUCACGUCGCCUUUUCACGAGCUGACGUUGGGGCGCACUUCAUGUAAACAAACGCUUAAUAUUUUCGCGCGGUUUGCAGGUCUUUUUAAUUGCAUUGGAUCUCAUCGACAUCGCGACCGAUCCGUACACAUAUCUUACCUCCAUAUUUUGUUUAUAUAAUUGCAUUAUGAAGGUUAAGAAUAUCGUAACUAUUAUUUCUGAUCGAAGGAGGGAAUUUCGACGUGCUCAAAAAAGGCGAUUCCGGGAGUUUGAAGCACGUCGUCGGCGAGUACGGUACUAUUUUUUGUUAUGUGCUAUAACGUUUGCCUGCACCGUGGAAAGGAGUGUGUGGAUGAAGGAGCGAUCUGGACAUUUCUGGGAGAGGAUAGUGGAAGGGAGAUUCACGGCAAGAGAUUUUCGUGAAAAUUUCCGUGUGAACAAGUCGACAUUUGAUUUUCUGUGUGGUGAGCUAGCACCGGCUAUUCGUCGCCAAAACACACGAUGGCGUAAAGCAGUUUGUGUCAGAAAGAGAGUUGCCAUAACUCUGUGGCGUUUAUCCACAAACUGCGAGUAUCGAACAAUCGGGCAUCUUUUUGGGGUAGCGAGAUGUACCGCCAAUGUCAUCGUCAACGACACCUGCCUUGUAAUUGUACAAGAACUAAUGAGAAGAUAUAUUACCUUUCCUUCUGGAGAUAGAUUACGGGCAACUGUUCAGGGGUUCGAGGACAUGGGGUUUCCCCAAGUUGCAGGUGCCAUUGAUGGAACCCAUAUCCCUAUAAUUGGACCUGUUAAUUACCAUGCUGAUUAUCAUAAUCGAAAGGGAUGGUACUCUGUCAUUCUCCAGGCAGUUUGUGACCAUAAGUACAUGUUCACAGAUAUCAUGGUAGGAUGGCCAGGACGCUGCCACGAUGCCCGGGUGCUGGCAAACUCUUCUUUUCACCGAAGAGCGGAAAAUGGAGAACUGCUUCCAAAUAUGACAAGAAACAUCAAUGGCCAAGAUGUUCCGCUGAUGAUACUUGGGGACCCUGCCUACCCACUGCUGCCAUGGCUAAUGAAAGGUUUUGCCGAUAAUGGUCGUCUGACUGAAGAUCAGACUAACUUUAACUACAGGCUCAGCAGGGCGAGAAUGGUCAUCGAAGGUAGUUUUGGUAGACUGAAGGGGCGAUGGAGAUGCUUAUUGAAGCGCAAUGACAGCGCUCUUGAGAACGUAACUAAUAUUGUUGGAGCGUGUUGUACCUUGCAUAACCUUUGUCAGAUGCAGUCCGAUGAGCCAGAUGACGAGUGGCUUGAUGUUGCUCAUGAAUUACGAGAGUUUCAGCCACCUUGUCCUUUGCCAAAUCAAAGGCCUGCACCAUCAGCAUCUGUAGUGCGUGAUGCUCUUGUUCAGUAUGUUAGGUAACUUUUUUUAUGCAUUUCUUCAACCACUGUUAAUGAUAUUCCACAGGUGUAAACAGAGCCUCAAAUGAACUCAUUCAUUCGGUUAGUCAAUGACCCCCCCCCCCCCCCCCCCCCAACCCCCGCCCUCAUGAUUGAAAAUGUUAUGUAGCCUCUGUUUUGUAAUGUAAAACAGUUAUCAAGAAUAGAGUUUUCUCUCUUGGACAUUUCUCUUUGUUUUUCCUUUUUAAUUAUUAAUUUAUGUUAAUCAUUCAUAAUAGACUAUUGAGAAAAUGCAAAUCUGUUAUUUUUUUAUAAUCCAUUUUAAAGUAGAUGGUUGGCCUUUUUGUAAUGAAUAAUCUUUUUUUUUUUUAAUAAUAUGCUUUUAUUUCACCAAGUCAUUUGUUUCAUAUUUUACUAUACAGAGUGAUGAAAAAGUAGUAAAUUUAAGGUAGGCCUAUGGCAGAUAAGAUUAUCAGGGCCAGAAGAUUGUCAAUUAAUUAGAAUGAUUUUUUUUUCUUCUUUGUAUCAGUCUCUUUCCCAAUCCAUGGAUACAGUAAGACUGGGUUUAUGUUAUUGUCAACCAUAGCUGGGGGCUUUAGGUAUGCAUAGCAGAGGUUAAUGUAUGCACUGACAUAGCAAUGCAUCUGACCAGUAGCAUAGCACACUGCAAUCUUCUUUUCAUCUUGUGUUUCUUCCCUGUUAUGACUGACAUAAGUUUAAGUGUUUUAAAACCGAAUAUUCAAAUUCAAAUUCAUUUGCCUAUAUGAUCUACAAGUGAUGAACACAUUUUAACCAUCUUAUCCUGUGCCCAUUCAAAAGCCAGUUUUGUGUUAUGUUAUUUCAUUUGAGGUAAAAUGCAGUUGUAUUGUUAUUUUUUCAAGCAAAUAUAGUGCCAGAAGCAUUAUUUUUUUUCUUGUUGUCCAUGUGACUUUCUUGCUAUUUCAUCAAUGCGAUAAUUUAUAUCAAUCAUUAAUCUUAAAAGAUGCACUUUAAACUUGACACCAGCAUGCCUCAUCAUGGGAAGAUGAAUUAAUUUUGUUUAGGGUUAUGUAGGUCAAAGGACACAGAGGUUAAUACACAUGAAACAUUACCUAUUUGUAGUUCUUUUAUCAUAAUAUCUUGUACUAUUUGCUUCUUGUAUUCAAUGUGCUAACAAGUAUUCAUUUGGAGAGGAAUUUCAAACAAAGGUUACAGAGGUAAAUGUAUAAUGUAUAUAAAACAAUACCAGAUAAACAUGAUUUAUCUUCAAACCCAUGUGGAUAAGUAGUAAUUGCUUGGGGGCAGGCGCAAGUGGUCAUUAUCUCUUUAGCUAUGUGAUUAUAUUGGAUUGUAUUCAACCACUAUGAAAUAGCUGUUUUGUACAUAUAUGUCGUUUUUUCUUCUCUAACCACUUUUAGUUCAAAAUUGUUAGGUAUUUUCUGUGUAUAUGUUAAAUACAACAUGCCUCCGAUAAUGAAUAAAAAGAAGAAAAAACAUCAAGAA